AAAUUAACUAAGACUGGUAUUUUAAGUCAUAAACUGAAGUGUUGUAGCUGAAGAACAGCAGUCCAGAAGAGCUCCUGCUACAGGUUGGAGGAACCUCAAUGGAGUCUCCGGAGAUAGGUCCUGACUCAGUGACCACAGGAAUUAAGAGACGCGUGAAAGACAAAAGAGUUUCAAAGACUACAUUGAACGUUUCUCUUGCUUCAAAAAUCAAAACAAAAAUAAUAAACAAUUCUUCUAUUUUCAAAAUUUCCCUAAAGCACAACAACAGAGCAUUGGCUCAGGCUCUCAGUAGGGAGAAAGAAAACUCUCGAAGAAUUGCAACUGAAAAGAUGCUGUUGCAAAAAGAAGUGGAGAAACUGAAUUUUGAGAAUGCCUUUCUUCGACUAAAGCUAGAUAACUUGAAUAAGAAGCUGAUAGAAAUAGAAUUACUUCUGAGCAAUAACUUGAUAACUGCAAUUGAAAUGAGCAGUCUUUCUGAGUUCCACCAGAGCUCCUUUCUGCCAUCCAAUAGCAAAAAGAAACGACCCAGCAAACAGUGUGAGUUGAUCUGUCUUCCAUUCGCGAGGGUUCCGCUACCUUCAAAUGAUGAUGAGGAGGACGAUAAAGAGAAAACGCCGGGGAACAGCGGUGUCACCUCGAGGGCGUCACCUGACACUCCGUCUGCAGUAUCAGAAAGGCAGUCUGCACCGACUCAGUGUGAUGUGGAUGUGUUGUUUCUUAGAGAAGAUAACCGGAGUGUGUGUGGUCGAGAUGAUUCAGAGCGUAUUUCUUCUACUGUCGAUGCACCUCCCAAAGAGAGUCAUUCCUACUUAGACCGAAGUUCCCAGCCUGCCACGCUGGGUGAGAUAACCAAUGCCCCAUGCACCAGCCGUGGAAGGGAGAAGCUGUCUCUGAGUAACGUGACAGCGAGGAAGAAACGCGUGUCAUCCUGGGACUUGGACAGCCCUGCUGCAGAUGCACCCCAGGGGGCAGGUUCAGGGUGGCAGCAGAGUUCGAGUCUGGAACUCGGCCAGCCUGUGGAGUUAGAGGGUUGUAUUAAUGAGAAAAACAUCACAGUGCCCAGAAAUGUGCAGGGACUUCCUGGCCUGGAAAACCUUCCAGCACCUUCCAGGGAGCCUGGUGCAGACAGUGCAGGGCGACCCCAGGACAGCGGCGACCCCUGGGGGCAGAUGACCGUCUACGGGGCUGACAUGGAACUGACAGCCACUGACGUGAGCACAGUUGUCACCGUUUCCCGAGGCCGCAGACAGGGGAGCAAUAGAAAGAUAAGUGACUCUGAGCAGAAGCCAUUCAGGAAGGUGAGGAACAGGAGCUCCGAAACAAAGAGAGAAAGGCCAAAGAGGAAACAUAAGAUUAGUGCAGGUAUGGACCCUGAAGAGAAGGCGGAAAACGGACAGGAAGGAAGCUCUGCACUUGGCGGCAGUGGAGAUUCAAGAGACCCAGAUUGUACUCUCGGUAUAGCACAGCUGCCUCCGGUGAAUCCACUGAGGAAAAUGACCCUUCGGCAUGGCUCUAGCCAGGAAGAAAGACACAGUGCCGAGUGCAGUGGAGAGGAGAAAGAAUUGGGUGCAGCCAGCCCACGGGAGGAAGCGCGGGAGGGAGGUAUGCAAAUGCGGUGGAACUUGCUAGCGUGCAGUAAAAGCAAAGCUUCCAGGCAGACAUUUGUGAUUCAUAAGUUAGAAAAAGAACACUUAGUCCCAAACCAAGCGGAUAAAGAAACCAUUUCUGAAAGCCUAGACGUUGCCCAUGAAUUUCAGACAACUGACCUUUCCUCCAAAGAAAAUGGAGAUUUAUGUGACUGUGAGACCCAGAAUAUGUUGAAGCUGAAAAUGUCUGUCAGUGAUAGUCAGCCUGCUCAGCAGGAUCAGUCAGAAGUCAAAAAGGCUAAGCAGAAAGUAAACAGAAACACAGAAAUAAUUUCUCAAGUGAACCAGAGGUAUGAGAGUAAUGGUAAAGAUGUGUGUGCCUCCCAGCCAAGGAACAUUUUCUUCCAAACCCAAGUGGAUAAGGAGACCGUCUCUGGAAACCUAGGCAUUUCAGAAGACUUUCAAAUGCUUGUUCCUUUCAUGAGAGAUCAUGGAAACCUAUGUGAUCGUGAGAACCAGAACGUGUUGGAUUGGCGAAAGCCGGCCACCAUCGUGUACCCGGUUCAGCAAAAUGAGUCCAAGAUUAAUAAGAAGCUUAGGCAGAGAAUAAAUCGGAAGACAGAGAUAAUUUCUGAAGUGAAUCACUUUGAUGAUGACAAAAGUUGGCAUCACUCAGAAAAGGGUAACUCACUCUGCCUCCAAAAGGAAAAAGAAACCCUCCCUGGAGACCCGAAAGACUUGAGUGAGUUUCAAAUUCCUGUUCUGCCCACCCAGGACAGCGAUUUGACUCAGAACUUCUCUGCGGUGAGGAAGCAGGUCCAUGGUGUGCAGGCUGCUUGUCAGAGUGAUUCCAAAACCCGCUUGGCUAGAGAAAGAAGUUCUCAAAAUACAGAAAUAAUCUCUGAGCUCCCCCGCCCCUGUGUGAGUAGAGGCAGAGGCCUGCACACUCCAGAAAAAGGUAACUUUGUUACAACCCAGAAGGAUGAAAAAACUGUUUCUGCAAACCCAGAAGUCACACAUGAGUCUCAAACAGUUGAUCUUCCCACCAAAGAUCAUAGAAACUUAUGUGACUAUAAGACGCAGAAAAGCUGUGUCACCAAUACGCAAUUUCCUCAGCAAAGUGAAUCAAAAACAGAUAAGAAGCUUAGGCAGAAAGUAAAUCGGAAGACAGAAAUAAUUUCUAAAAUCCAGGUACAUAAGGAUAUUGAUAAUGAUGUACAUGGCCAAAAAAGCUACUCAGGAGAUCUUGGUUUUAAAAUCAGUAAAUCUAAACCAAGACCUGAUCACCAAGGCCUUAUCAGGGAAUAUUAUAUGGAGAUCAACAGUAAUGAGAAGGAAAAUUACGACCAAAUUCCAGAUCCCUCUAAACUAGUUAAAAAGCCUAAGAAAAAAUCAUCAGGCAAGGCAAGGAGCAUUUUGACAAGAGAGCAGGGCAAGCUGGCUUUGCCAUCGUGGGCAGAUUCUUCUCAUACCGCCUGUCCAGAGUCUGGCUUAACACGCAUCGCCAGUGGGCCAGACUCUGCCGCUAGAAGACUACGCUCUGUAACAGACGCAGAAGGCAGUGAUCCCUGGGUGGAAGCCAGAAAAGCUGGGCAGUGCCAGACCACAGAGGUGACCGUGACAACAUCCAGAGCAAAGCAGAGGAAGACCUCCACGGCUCUUCUACCAGGCUCCCCGGAAGCCAUAGCAGUCGCACCGCACACUGGGCGCAGGAGGCCUGCUGGCUCUGAGCAUUCCGACCAGGAAAACCUUGGGGAGAGCAAGAGCACUGGCAGCACUGAGCCAGACUUUUACACGGAUGUGUUCCAGCCUUUUUCUCAGAUAUACUCAUCUGAUAUACAGGGUUGUUCCUCCGAUGGUGUCUGUGUGGGUUCAAAGCCCAUGAGUGUUUCUUCUCAUAAAAUCCUGAUCAUUGAAGACCAUUCUGCCCCUGAGUGCUCACGUGUCCUUCAGGUCCAUGGUGAUGGGCUCAAGAAGACAAAGGAAGUCCAAGCCAGUGUCUUUCAGAGAGCACAGAAGCCAGAGGCAGGUAACAGAACAUUGCAGGACCUGACAAACACCAGUUUCUUUUCAAGUGAAACUGCGAAGUCUGAGAGCGAGUCGGGAGAUGGAGCCUCCAUGCCACCAAGCAGAAAGCGCAGGUGCAUCCCGCUCAGCCUGAAGGAGCCCAGCCUCAAAAGAAAGAUGAGAAGAUGAAGUAAAGAUGGACUCUAGUUUUUCUGAAUUCUCAAGGAACCGGAAGUCAGAACAGAAAUAUAUCUAGGAUCACAAAGAUGGAACACUUGAGGAAAAGUCUCCCCCUGCCCUUUUGCCCUUUCCUUAGAGUGCUGAUUUGUUCAUUCUUAUAUUUAUACAUAUGUGCAUAAAGUAGCUGUUUUUGUAAUACUAAACUUCUAAAAUAAUUUUGGUCAUAUAAAUUAUUUCCUUAUUUAAGCUUCUUACCAAACAAUAGCUAUCAUCAGCCUUUUAACUGCAUAAAUGUAUGAAUAAAUACUGUUGCAUUGGUUAUCUGGUACGGGAAGCUAUCUUUUAUUUGGCUUUUGGUCUGAGGACUGCAUAUGGCAUCUAAAAGCUUUAAAGUCCUCCUGCACUGGCCGGAUUUCUGUCACCCUCAUUCUUCUCUGUUCACCAUCAGUUUCUUUCUCUGUUACACAGAACCUGGGGCCCAGGAGGGAUGUUGGGAGGAAGGGCUUCAUUGUUGGCCUUUCUGCCUCUUUGGAAUUUGGUGUUUAGAACUUGUUAUUUCAGCCAUAAGUGAUAAGUCCUCCGCCCACCUGGGAUCAGCAUGCGGUUUGCUGUUUUCACACAGCUCGUCAGACCUCUUCUGCCCCACGUAGAUGCUUCCUUAGACCAGCUCCGACUGGUCCCUCAGGCAGUACUGUGGCAGCUUGUCCUGGGACCACAAGUGGAGCGACUCCUGCCAGGGAGCAGUACUUCACAGUGUGAAGAUGGCGUUUCUAGCAGCCCUGGCCGCGUCAGUUCAUGGCGGUGGCGGGCUGCUGUAGCAUAGUAGCCUCCUCUCCUCUCUACUGUGGUCCAGAACUCAGUGCCCAUGGGCUCUGCUCACCUUCCCAGACUAUUGCUGAGACUGGCCCUCCCAGACUCAGUGUUUUCUUAUCCUUUACUUCUGUUUUCUUU